AUGGCUUGCUUUGGAUUCCAGAGUCAUGGGGCUCGGCUGGACCUGGCUUCUAGGACCUGGCCCUGUACUGCCCUGUUUUCUCUUCUCUUCAUCCCCGUUUUCUCUAAAGGGGUGCACGUGACCCAGCCCGCAGUGGUGCUGGCCAGCAGUCGGGGUGUUUGCCAGCUUCGUGUGUGUGAAUAUGGGUCAUCAGGCAAAGCCGCCGAGGUCCGGGUGACGGUGUUGCGGAAGGCAGGCGGCCAGCUGAACGAAGUCUGCGCCGCGACCUACAUGGUGGAGGACGAGCUGACCUUCCUGGAGGAUUCCGCUUGCGCCGGCACCUCCAGUGGGAACAAAGUGAACCUCACCAUCCAAGGGCUGAGGGCCACGGACAUCGGGCUCUACAUCUGCAAGGUGGAGCUCAUGUACCCGCCGCCCUACUAUGUGGGCAUGGGCAAUGGAACCCAAAUUUACGUCAUUGCUGAAGAAAAGAAGCCCUCUUACUACAGGGGUCUAUGUGAAAAUGCCCCCAACAGAGCCAGAAUGUGA